AUGCCAGGAGGCAUUCUGCCUACACCUGAAGAGCUGCUGUCAUGGCCGGUUCCGAACUACAACGAUCCUGUCACAAAACCAAAAUAUGUACUCGUUUUCUCCUGCAUAAUCGGACCCAUCAGUAUCGCACUGUUGUUGGCACGGCUCUGGGUCCGUAUUCACACGCAACGUAGUGCCGGAUGGGAUGACUGGCUGAUGCUGGUAGCAGCAUUUCCUGUGUUAGCUUUGACCAUCAUAUUUCCUCUGAUCACCGAGAACCACCGAUUCAACCGCCACAUUUGGGAUGUCGAACAACAGUACUUCCCGAUCCAACGCAAGUUCGUCAUGGCCAUAUAUUCCCUCUUCUCCCUUGCGUCAGGUCUGAUCAAGUUGUCCAUCCUACUCUUCUACCGCCGGCUGUCCUCCCGCGUAGUGUCGCCGGCCUUUCGCCGUACGAUGCACAUUGCCAUCUUCGUCAUCGGUGGUUACAGUGUCGUAUUUGCUCUCAUUCCGAUAUUUAUGUGUCGACCCAUCUCUGCGUUCUGGGACCAAGUGGAUUUCGUCAAAGUCGCAAAAGGCUACGAGUACAAAUGCAUCAACGAGGGCGCGGAUGUGGUUGCGCACGGCAUUAUCUCCACUGUGCAAGAUCUCGUCGUCGCCUUCCUCCCAACAGUACUCUGCUGGAAUCUUCAAAUGCCCAUUCGUCAAAAGAUCGCACUUUACAGCAUUCUCGCCCUCGGCUACACCGGUGUCGCCAUAGGUGCGGUUCGCACGUAUACAGGCUACCGCCUCUUCUUUCAGACCUACGACGUCACAUGGGUCGCCAGUGAUACCUGGCUGUGGUCCCUUCUAGAAUUGCACAUCGGCUCCAUGUGCGCCAACGCACCGGCGCUGAAGAUUUUCUUCGCCCAAACCCUCAAGGUCGACAGACUCACAACUUGGACACGGUCGCGGUCGAGAUCUCAGUCCUACGGCUCGAAGAAGCAGCACUCCAGCAAGAGCAACGGCGCUGCUAGCACAUCUCGCACGCUCUUCAACAGAAUGAAAUCUGGCAGAUGGGUUGAGCAGGUUCUGCAUUCAACUGCAAACAGCAGCUUCCGAUCUCAAAUACGGACUGACAACUCUCCUGAUCGACGCAGUACAACUCUACAACUGGAUGCACACUUCUGCCCUCCUUUACAUCCGAGUCCGCGCGAUAGUAUGAGCAAACCUUUGGCUCCCUGUUACAUUGAGGCCAUCCCAAACGACAGCGGUCGCAACAGCUACGUGCACGACAUUGAGAUGAACCGGCUGCAAACUUCGCAGUCAUCCAUCAACGAAGACGUGCAGGCGCUGCCACCUCUUCAGCCACCUGCGUAUACCAGACAGGUACCGUUAAGGCUGCCACCGUUAUCUCAGUUGCGGAUGAGCUGGAAUGCAAACGGUGGGAGAUAUGUGUGGAGGCCGUGGCAGAGCAGCGCCAGCGUCAAGGAACAUGGUAGCCAUUUGCAGUGGGGUUGA